AUGUUUGGCUUCAAUUUGGAGAUGAGGACCAGUAUUGCAUUCACCCAAUUCCUCGUCCUCUUCGCGCUUUUAGGCCUAUGCGUUCCAUUACUAUCACCAAUCACACACGGAGACGGAGUAUCAUCAUUCACACACGAAUGGAAAGACACUGACCUCAAAACCGAAUUUUGCUCAACCUUAUUCGGCACAUGCAAGUAUGUCGAGACCGAACUUUAUGUAACACAGGUGGGGAACGACAAACAUUGGGUGAUUCAAGCCAACAACCCGUUACCCUACAAGGUAAACCUCAUGCUGCAAGUGAACGACGAACCCGUUUAUUCCCUAGUUCUCUUAGAAGAGGGUUCCGAAAUAACCCCCCUCGCCUCAGUAAGACGACAGCCUCGGAAUGUUAAGUUGAAAUACACCAUCACAACACCGCAAUAUGAGCAAUACGCUCGAUCCUAA